UUUCUGAAUUGCUUUUCUCUAUUAUUUCCUCAGCAAAACACUGCAGUCUGUGAUGCCAGUAGCAACUCUAUUGAUGGCUGUUGAUGUUGUACAGUUUGACUUUGCUGGAUUAGGCUCUAAAGUUGUCCUUCUGCUGACCCCCGAACUGCUGUUUGUUUAUGAUUGUGAAGAAGACAUGUCUCUUCAGACAUUUGCCCUUGCUGAGAUAGAGUGUCCUGCUGCCACCAACUUGCGUGGCAAUAGUUCAGCAGCAGCUGGUGCUAUUGCUGCUACUACUAGUAUGGAAGACUUAGAGGAGGACUCUUGUGUCCUUUCCUUUGUAUGGCAAGAUCAGACAAAACAGAUGAGCUUCAAGGAUCAACACCCAAACAAAGACCGAGUGACAGCCUUCCUUGAUAGCACACCAGGUUUCAUUCCUUUGCCAGGACUUAGCAGUGACACUGUUGAUAAUGGAGCUGGUUGUAGUGUUGACAGUGGUGCUGGUGGUACUGUAGUAUGUGAUCAUCAGUCUAGCAGCAUUGCUUCAAGCCCAACACAAUCAACAGCAGCUCCUUAUUUUGAGUUUAGGGUUGAGCCACACUAUAGAGAAACUUUUUUGACUUUAUUUCAGAUGGCAAAGAAUAGGUUAGUUGGACGGGGUUUCCUCUUGUGAUUUUCUCUGGAGAAUGAGAUGCAAAACACUUUAUACAAUAUCAGAAGGACUGAUAAAUUUGAUACUGCACAAUAUAUAUAUAUAUAUUUACUGAAUUGGAUACAUUUAACUCUCUGAUGUUGGUAUUGGUUUUAAUGUGACUGCUUGUGACAUAGGCAGAUAUAACACUCUCUACUUGAAAGGAAACGGUUUCUGUUGUUGUGUGUGUCUUCUAUGAUUGCUCUGUUCUUUCAGUGAUUGGAUACAUCUCUAUAUCCACAUGAAAAUUAAAUGCAGUAUGCGUGGAAAAUGGUCAUCUUCUUUUGAACUUGAUGGAUGGAAAAAGAUAUUUAACAUGGAGUGUGUUUCUGUUAUUUCUGUCUUUCGUUAUCUGUUGAGUACAGUCAACAAACCGUGUUUGUAUGUAUGUGUGUACACAUGCACAUGUAUCUAUAUACACACACUUCCCUUGUGGGAUUAUCUUAUUACUUUGGUCAUAACCAUAGUAACCAUGGUUACUAGUAUUGUUAUUUGAAUUAUUUGUUGAUGUUGUUACUGCUUGAGUGACAUCAGAUCCUAUCCUAUCAACAAGUGUUGUAUAAAUGUUUAUAACAACUGUUAUGUUAGUAGUUGACAGAUGUUAAAGUCGGUUGGACUGACAACUGCUGUACUAACCAAACAUUGAUUGUUACAUUUAUAUUUACUAUUUUUUUGUUUUAAUUUCAAUAUUGUUAUCAACUGUUUAUCUAGUUUAUCCAGAAAUGAUUAAACAUCUGUAAGAGAUGCUCUUUCUCAUCGUGUCACACCUACUUUGACCAGUUGUAGUGAAAUCUGCUACGGGUUAUCAGCAUUUGUUUGUCACAAGUGAUAAACAUCUAUAACAGUUGCUUAUUGUUUAUGGUGUCACUCAAAUACUAUCAACCAACAAGCAGAUCUUUCACAGUUGCUCACUGCCUGUGUCACACUAGUUGUAACCAUCAACCUCCAGAAACGUCCAUUGUGGUUGCUGAAAUUUCUGCAACAGAACCAACUGAGACAGUGAAGUACUAGAAUAAAUACCUUCUUUAGAUCCAACCCUCCAGUUUGUUAGCAGCUCGUGGGUUCAAAUCUUAUUAUGUCUCUGUAGGAUCACUAAAAUAAGUACCAAUAAAAUUACAAGUGUCUUGGUUGUAAUCAUUCUUCUACAAAAAUUGUAUCUCAGUUCGACAGCUAUAACAAGGCUUUAUUUAACACAUAUGUCACAUCUAUUGCAAUUAUAAAAAUGUCAAAAGCUGUGGCAUGUUUUGUAGAAAAUAAUCCUUCUGCUAUAUUUCUCUCCUGUUAACAACUGCCAUGUUUACUGUUUUGUUGUAUUCACUGCAGUAUGAAUAAUCCUUGAUGUGGUUGAUACUAUUUUUUUUUUGUGCAUUUACUGCCAUCUACAAAGAGUAACAACACUUGAGUGUACUUUAGUUUUACAACAACAGUGACACCUGUAACUCACCUUAUUCAUUCGUGCUCUUCCCUCCAACCCCUAUCCAGAUUCUUACUGACCAGGAUUUAUGGUGGUGGGUGGCUCAAGUUUUCCUAAACUUUUUUUUUAUCUAAAUAUUUUUAUUUAAUAAAACAUAAACAUUUAAAAUAGUCAUGUGGAAAGGAUGUAUCAUAAUUUAAAACAAAAAUUUUAUGAUGAAUCUGAGUAUUAAAAAGUUAUUAACACAUUCAUUAUUUUUUCUUCUUACAUAUCACAUCUGGUCAAUUUUUACUAGUCCUGAUCCUUAAACAUAAAUUUGCUCCCUCCACUUCAAGUCCAGUUUGCUCAUCAGCAUUGUAUAGAUAAUCUUCUAAUAUCAAGAAUAAAAUUACAGCUAAUUUCCUUACACUCACAAUAA